GCGUCGUCUGUGGCUCGGCGAUUUUCCUGGCGUCAAGUUCAAAGCUUUCGACCAAAAAUGCCAGACAAAUUGAAAGGGGGUCGGUUGGAGAGAAUCGGUCAGUACAUUCUGAUGGUUUUGUCUGACUACAAAUCUGUGGCUGUGGAGACUGUGCAGGACAUGAAGGACAAACCCGUGAAGGCAUCCAUAUAUCUUACUGGUAUUGCUACCAUAGGACUGUUUUUAAAGACUAAUCCAGAUGAACAGAGCUACAAAAUCAAACUGAAAAGUGCUGCUAAUGAUUUACUUUUGGUGAGUGACAUGGUGAGAAAUCCCAAAUCUGAUCACUUUGUACAGAAACUCAGCUGGGCAUACAAAGAUGGUAAACUGAAAUACCAGACAUUUGGUGUGUUCUCUGUGAUGUGGCUGGACUCGUUUCCCUCCAGACUGAAUCUAUUUGAAGCAAAAUGCUCCCACCUUAAAACUCCAUGGUAUCAAUUCCACCAGAAUGUCGUGGAUAUAGGUUAUCUUGGGAAGUGGAGAGUGAUUGACAAGGAGAUGGUAGACUAUGAUGUCAAACCUUCAGAAUGGGAAUCUGAAGGACAAGUUGCUGAAACCACAUGA